AUGUUGAAGGCUCCUUGGAUCUGUCGUAGCUGCCUUGUUCGCUUUGCUCGACCGGCAUUCAGACAGCAAGUGCGACUCCAGUCGACAGCUGCUACACCGGACACUGUUCCUCCGGCACUCCUUACACGCGCCCGCGGCAUCGCUCACGAGCACAGGCAAUUGUCGGAAAAGCUCGCAAAUGGCUUCGACACGCGUGCGGCGAAGCGAAUGGGCGAGUGCGGCCCCAUCGUGAAUGCACUGGGAGAAUGGGAUAAGGCGAAUGAGUCUGUGGCAGAGCUCACAUCCCUGAUACACGACCCCAACAGCGAUGCAGAACUGCGAGAGUUGGCCGCCGACGACCUAGGAACCACUCGCGAACAGCUGCAGACCGCAUCGCAGAGCCUUAUUAGCUCGCUCGUACCCGUACACCCUUUCGCCCAUCUGCCAUGUCUCAUGGAGAUAAGACCAGGCGCCGGCGGAUCGGAGGCGGCCAUCUUCGCUGGGGAUCUCCUGCGCAUGUACCAGGGCUUCUGCAACCGCAACGGGUUCCGCACCACACUGUUGAAGUACGAGAACACCAAUGGUACGCAGGAAGCUGGUAUACCCCUUUCUGAGGCCAUCCUCGAGAUCGAUCAGGACAAUGCAUACGGCGUGUUCCGCAGCGAGGCUGGUGUGCAUCGCGUGCAGCGUGUCCCAGCUACCGAAAAGAGCGGUCGCACCCAUACGAGCGCGGCAUCCGUUCAUGUUCUGCCUAGCUUGCAGGAGAAUAGCGCUGCAGCCGAAGAUUUCGAUGAUCCCGAAAGCGACUACUAUAUCGAUGUCAAGGAGGUGCGACUCGAGGUCAUGAGAGCUAGCGGUGCGGGCGGCCAGCACGUCAACAAGACUGAGUCGGCGGUGCGCCUCACACACAUACCGACCAACACGGUAGUGUCAAUGCAGGACUCUAGGUCGCAAAUCAAGAACAAGGAGAAGGCAUGGGCACUACUCCGUGCGCGAAUCGCGCAGUUACGGCGGGAGAAGCGAGAGGAGGAAAUGGUGGCCCUACGACGCAGCGUUGUGGGUGUCGCAAAGAUGGGCCGUGGGGACAAGAUCCGGACGUACAACUAUGGCCAACAGAGAGUUACAGAUCACAGGAGCGGAACGACGGUGAUGAAUCUCGACGACGUUAUGGAAGGUGGACAAACACUCGACGACAUCAUGGACAGCGUGAGGGGCUGGCUCAUGGAGCGAGACGUAGAGGCACUCAUUGCUGAGGAAUCAGAGACCAAGAAGUAG